AUGGUUAUCGACGAUCUCGCCACCAUCGAUGCCUCAAAGGAGAACUGGUAUGUUAAUGUUGCAAAGGUGAACCAGUUGUGGCUUAGUCCGAGCUUUUAUGGCUCCAAGCUUCCAUUUUACAUGGACAUGAUUCUUAUGGAUGACAAGGGUUGUAAGAUUCAUGCUACGGUUAGGAAGACUCUUAUAUACCGAUUUCAAUCUUUGCUGAGUGAAGGACGUGUAUAUCAGAUUUUGUUUUUUGGUGUUGGUGAAAGCGGUCGUGAUUUUCGUCCAACCUCGCACCCAUUCAAGAUCAACUUUGAUAUUCAUACAUUUGUGCGCUUGGUUCCCAACAAGGCCAUCAACUUAAGCCUUACAAUUUUGUGCCAAUAUCUGAUAUAA